AUGAACGAUGUGUUGCGGAAUACACUCGAUGCGCUCUCUCGAUCGACAUCUAGCGGCGAGGAUCGAUGGGAACGAAUAAGAAGUCAGGAGGAAUCAAACGAAAUAAAAAGAAAAGAGCAGAAAAUUUCCGCCGCUGCUGGGCCAAUCAAAAAGGAUGAAAAGAAAAAGUCAAAGAAGGUGAAAGAAUCAGAAAACAGAGUUAUCGAAAUUUCUGGUUCCGAUAAAUCCGCGUCUGAAAAAUCACGCUCAAAGAAAAGUCAAAAGUCGAAGUCGAAAGAUUCAAGCUCCAAAUCAGCCAAAACUACUCAAGCCACUGGUGAAAAGGCCAUCAAACCAAAGCAAGAGCUAAAGCCAACCAGAACAAUCACAGUUGCGCAACCACCGGCAAAGCCGCAACCGCUUAGCCGGAAACCCGUAAAUAACAGCUUAGACAGUCUUUCGACUAUACCCAGCUCCUAUCAAGUCCCUCCGUCAUCGCAUGAACCAGAACCAGUCCAAGCUCUAAAAGUUGUAGCCAAGCCUAAAUUGAAUGCUACACAAUUAGCUCAAAGAAAAGAUGCAGAUGAGCGAGCGUUUAUGGCGAAACUGCAAGCGCGAAAAAACGCCACCGAACCUGGAAACACUGACGCCGUCAAUUUCAAGCCCCGAACAGAAAUCGAGCACGCCGCUGUCCUCGAAGUAGCAGGAAAGCUCAAGCCGAAACCACGCGCUACCAGCGUCCCGCGAAAAAUCGAAGUAGCUCCGGUCAAACCGAAGCAAGCAAAACCUGAAGUCAUCAAAUCAACGCCAGUUGCGCCAGUAAAAAGCGAAAACGUCGUCUAUCAAAAUCCUGAAAAUCCAUUUGGGACGAAGGAAGUCUAUGUGCCGCCAAAGUGCUCUGUUACAGCAAUGGCAAAGAUAUUCGGUGCAAACGUCGGACUUGAGGAUCAAUCGGCGCCGGAGAGGUCCAAAUCUGAGGCGACACCGAUUUCCGACCAAGCAAAAUCUGCUCCUGCAAAAGUCUCCCCUCCUGAUUUGACAAAAAAUCUCAUUGGAAUCAAAAACAGCGGAAAUACAUGCUACAUCUCUGUCGCUCUCCAAUGCCUUUAUCAAAUAGAACCUCUUCGAGAAUUUCUUCUUUCGGGCGAGUACAAAAAACAUCUGAACGAAACUUCUCCCGCUGAUGGAGAAAUUGCGGAACUGACGGCAGAAAUCUUCGGAAAGAUGAAAAAUUUGGAAAAGAACAUCUCGGUGGAAGAUUUGAAAGAAGCAGUUGCUGAGUUUUCGGGAAUGUUUGAGGACGAUGAGCAGGAAGACGCGGAAGAGUUUCUGUUGACCCUCAUUGACGGACUUCACCUCGAUUUGGAGAAAUCAACCGGCUUUACCGAGUCAGAAAAUUCUCCAAAAACAUCAGAAGAAGCGUGGAAUCAAUACAUUUCUGAAGAAAACUCGUUCCUUACAUCUCUUUUUGUCGGUCAGGCGGAAUCAACGCUCACUUGUCUUUCUUGUCAAGAGUCAACGAAGAAUUGGGAGUCAUUUUGGAAUAUCUCGCUCCCGAUUUCUGGAAGCAGCUCGAUUGAAGAAUGCAUCGAGGAGUUUCAAAAGAGCGAGACGCUUUCUGACGAAGACCAGCCUUUCUGCGACGCUUGCCAGAAAAAAUGCGAUAUGACCAAGACCCUCAGAAUUUCGAGAAUACCGAAAGUUCUUCUUUUGCACCUCAAGCGAUUUUCGUCCAAAUCGAAAGACAGCUCCUUGAUAAAAUUCCCUGUUUCGUCCCCUCUCCUCCUUGACUCCUCAAAAUUCCAACUCUCCUCCGUCAUCAAUCACGAGGGCAAAUCUACCUCCAGUGGCCACUACGUCGCCUCAGUCAAAGACAAUGGAAGUUGGUUCUCAAUUUCGGACGAGAAGGUUUCAGCUCUAGAAUCGGUCCUGUCGGAAAAGGCUUAUGUUCUGUUUUAUACCACUUGUUGA